AUGCUACAUAUAUUUAUGUUUUUGUUCACAACACUAGUCUCCAUCUACGGACAAAAUGCAGAACGCAUGGAAGCAGAAAAUCGUAUUUAUAUAGGUGAUUUCACGCAGCCACCCUAUAGUAAUAUGGGCAGCGCCGACAAUAAUAUCGCAUAUCCUUACCACAACAACUAUGUUAGUGUUCAGCCCACCAACAACAAUGGCUAUCAGUCAUUUAAUCAGUAUAGUGCGCCUACAACAAUGCUCAACUAUCAAACGCAAUCUCUUGGUAGAUACGGUGGCGAUAAUGGGUACUCCGGUUAUGCUAACUUUUCACCCUUUAAUGCACUGCAAAGUUACAAUAAUUUUGGCAUGACAAGAACAUAUGGAGGCGGCAUGUCUAACAAUGCCAACCUUGCUCCCAUUACUUACAGCACUCAUCGUCCGAUCAUUGGUGCACUGCAUACAAGUAUAGGCGCGGCUUUUGGUGGCGGCAUGAAUGUCAUGCCUGCCUAUCUGGCUAACGGUCACUACAGCGGUUAUUAUCCGUACAAUUCGCUGGGUAUUUUACCGCCAUAUAAAUGA